AUGGGUCUCGGCGGUCACCUCGAGGACCCGUCGAAAGUCAUAUCGCACGAAUGGAGUCGAGCGAUUCGAAUUGUUGCGACAAUAUCUUCUAGUUUCAGUGUCAUUGGUACACUGAUAACUAUUUACUGGUUUUUCAUGAUGCGACGCAACUUUCGCAGAAAUCUGAUCCUGUAUCUCGUCGUGGCCGACUUCUUUAAAUCGUUAUGGUACAUAAGCUUUUCGGGUGUUUCUCUUCACCGCGGCUCAAUCGACACACAUUCGUCUUUCUGUCAAGGGUUUGGUUUCUUGUUACAGGCCUCAACUAUGGCUUGCGACUAUGCAAUCUUCAUCAUGUCGUUCCACAUGUACCUUCAAAUUUUUAGCACAGGUAGUAGAAUGUUUGGCCACGACGGCUUGUAUCGGUUCCGACACACCGUAAUGGGAGGAUGGUUUGUAUUCCCUUUCCUAUGCGCCGUCCUCGCUUUUAUUCAAGGACGCGAAGGAUACAUUGCACAAGGACCCUUCUGUACUUUGCCUAUCCGUCCUUACUGGUACCGACUUGCAUUGCAAUGGAUCCCUAGAUAUCUCAUCUGGCUCUACAUCAUGUUCGUCGCCUUCCGCAUCUACUUGCAUGUCGGCCAAGGCUUCAAGAUUUUUGCUCGCGAAGACGACAAGGACUCGAGCACCGGAACCAAUGGAUAUGGAGAAAGUCUGGGAACCAUGCCUGGAGAAGGAACACAAGACCUGCGAGUGGCGAAGAAGAGAGGUCCCAACGCUGGGGAACUGCAAGAUCUCUCUAAUCUUACCGAGAGCAAAACUGCAAGUAGCCAGGCUCCUACGAGCAGCUCCAGCCAAGGUAGCCAGUCCACUUGGCCGACCUCUUUGAACUCUUCCGCCGAGGGCUUCAAGGUGCAUUCAGCAAAUCAGUCCAGACGAAGCAGUCACGUCGUUAUCCUCACCGAUGGAACUACUCACCACGAGCUCCUUCAGGUGCCUCCAGAAGCCAAGGUGCAAAGGCAAUCUGUAUCAACCGUCGCAUCAUGGAGGACUUCGGCAGACAUGACUGCUGCAGCAGGUGCUCAAUCAGUCAACCUUGCGCCCAUCGAAGAAGGCCACCAAAUGAUAAGUGGAGACAAAGCAGACAUUGCCUCAGCAGACACACCUCUCAAAAAGCGACGCCGAGCCAUUCAACGCCAACUACGCCUUCUCUUCAUUUACCCAAUCACCUACCUCAUGGUCUGGACAAUCCCCUUUGUCUACCACAGCUUCAACUACUCGGACCACUACGCAGCAAACCCCAUCCCCAUCCUAGCACUCCUUUCAACCUUCUGCGUGACAAUCGCCGGAACAGUAGAUUGUGUAGUUUUCGGAUGGCGAGAGAAGCCCUGGCAACACGUUCCAGGCGCCGAUGGCACUUUUCUCGGCAGCUUCAAAUUUUGGUCUUUUACAACGAGAAAGCGAAGACGCUGGAACACUCCCGCACCCAAGCGCUUGCCUUCGCUGGAAAGAGAAGAGCAAGAGGCAUCAGCAGUGGCUGCUCAAGCCGACACGAAAGCAAACCGUCUCAGCGGAGCAAACAGACUUGCUUCUUCGAGCAGUGCCAAACCCAUGGUUCCCAUGCAUAAAAAGACGUUUUCCGGAACUUCGGAUAGAGCCAAUAGGGCUGCUGAGCAAGCGGCAGAAAGAUUGGCUCUUGAGAGAGCGGAUCGUCAGAGCAGGAUGUCGACGAGGAACUCGUCCAUCAAUCCUGCAAACGAGUGGUUCGAGCGAAGACUGAGUGAAUGCGUGAGUCCGACAAGAGAGAACUCUGCAUUCGAUAUGACGCCCAGUCCUACCAAGGAGUGA